AGCUUCUCUCAAGGCAAACACAUAAGAAUUAAUGCAUCGACCAUGAUCAAGACCUAAGCUGCGAAUUGACCGUUUUACCCUUGGUAAUCACCAUAAAUGUCGACAAGACCAGACCUCCUACGUGGCAGAAUGCUCGCCACCGUGGCUGCCACGAUUCUCCUCUCAAUGUUCCCGCCAAAUGUUGAAUCGACCGUUGAGAAACAAGCUCUGUUUCGCUUCAAAAACCACCUCGACGACCCUCACAACAUUCUACAAUCUUGGAAACCUUCGGAUUCGCCGUGCGUGUUUCGCGGCAUAACAUGCGAUCCCUUAUCCGGCAAAGUCACUGGUAUUUCUCUAGGAAACGCAAAUCUCUCCGGCACCAUUUCUCCAUCAAUCUCAGCUCUCACAAAGCUCUCUACGUUGUCACUUCCAUCUAAUUUCAUCUCCGGAAGAAUCCCGCCAGAGAUAGUCAACUGCACAAACCUUAAAGUCCUCAAUCUCACCUCUAACCGACUCUCCGGGAUGAUCCCAAACCUUUCUCCUUUGAAGUCCCUAGAAAUUCUCGACAUCUCCGGGAACUUCCUUACCGGAGAGUUUCAAAGUUGGAUUGGUAAUAUGACUAAGUUGGUUUCUCUCGGUCUUGGCAACAAUCACUACGAAGAAGGUAUGAUUCCUGAGAGUAUUGGAGGUUUAAAGAAAUUGACUUGGCUGUUCUUAGCUCGCUCCAACUUAACGGGGAAGAUUCCAAACUCUAUCUUUGAUCUGAAUGCUCUCGACACUUUCGACAUCGCAAACAACGCAAUUUCCGGUGAUUUCCCGUUCUUGAUUACAAGAUUGGUAAAUCUCACCAAGAUUGAGUUGUUCAACAACAGAUUAACCGGUAAAAUCCCUCCCGAGAUAAAGAACUUGACUCGUUUACGCGAAAUCGAUGUUUCUUCGAACCAGUUAAGCGGUGCUUUACCUGAAGAACUCGGAAAUUUAAAGGAGCUCAGAGUUUUCCACUGCCAUGAGAACAACUUUACCGGCGAAUUUCCUUCUGGUUUCGGCGAUCUACAUCACCUCACUUCUCUUUCGAUCUAUAGAAACAACUUCUCCGGUGAAUUUCCGGUUAACAUCGGUCGGUUCUCUCCGCUCGACACAGUUGAUAUAUCUGAAAACGAGUUUACUGGUCCGUUUCCAAGUUUCUUAUGCCAAAACAAGAAACUACAAUUCUUGCUCGCUCUGCAGAACGAUUUUUCCGGCGAGAUUCCGAGAUCCUACGCUGAUUGUAAAUCUCUAUUGAGACUAAGGAUUAACAAAAACCGUCUAAGUGGUCAUGUUGUUGAAGGAUUCUGGUCUCUACCACUUGCUAAGAUGCUUGAUCUCAGCGAUAACGAACUCACCGGAGAGAUUUCUCCUCAGAUCGGACUUUCAACGGAAUUGAGUCAGCUCAUUUUGCAGAACAAUAGAUUUUCCGGCAAGAUUCCUCGUGAACUCGGAAGAUUGACGAAUAUAGAGAGGAUUUAUCUGAGCAACAACAAUAUCUCCGGCGAAAUUCCGAUGGAAGUUGGAGAUUUGAAAGAGUUAUCGUCUCUGCAUCUUGAAAACAAUUCAAUAACAGGAUUUAUUCCUCGAAGAUUGACAAAUUGUGUCAAACUUGUUGAUCUGAAUCUCGCCAACAACUUCUUGACAGGAGAAAUACCAAAUAGUUUAUCUCAGAUUGCUUCUUUAAACUCGUUGGACUUCUCAGGGAACAAGCUAACGGGUGAAAUCCCGGCGAGUCUUUUGAAGUUGAAGCUGAGUUUUAUCGAUUUGUCUGGAAAUCAACUUUCAGGAAGAAUACCACCGGAUCUUUUAGCGGUGGGAGGAUCCACCGCGUUCUCACGUAACGAAAAGCUCUGUAUUGAUAAACAGAACGCUAAAACAAGCCAGAACUUGGGGUUGAGCAUUUGCAGUGGCGACCAACAUGUGCAGAGGAAUGGUUCACUCGAUAAAACACUCUUGUUCUUGGCUCUUGCAAUUGUUGUGGUAGUACUCGUUACUGGUUUGUUCGCGUUGCGUUACAGAGUUGUGAAGAUACGCGAGCUUGGUUCGGAAAACGGAGAUAGCAACAAGGCGGAUGCGAAAUGGAAAAUCGCGUCUUUUCAUCAAAUGGAGCUGGACGCUGAGGAGAUUUGUAGAUUGGAUGAAGAUCAUGUGAUCGGAGCUGGAAGUGCGGGAAAAGUGUAUCGUGUUGAUUUGAAAAAGGGUGGCGGGACAGUGGCGGUUAAGUGGUUAAAGAGAGGAGGAGAAGAAGAAGUUGGCGGAACAGAGGUCUCUGUUUCGGAGAUGGAGAUUCUUGGAAAGAUCAGACACAGAAACGUGUUGAAACUCUACGCUUGUUUGGUUGGAAGAGGUUCUAGAUAUUUGGUGUUUGAGUUCAUGGAGAAUGGGAACUUGUAUCAGGCUCUUCGCAACAAUAUUAAAGGCGGUCUACCAGAAUUGGAUUGGCUCAAAAGAUAUAAAAUUGCGGUGGGAGCGGCUAAAGGAAUCGCAUAUUUGCAUCAUGAUUAUUUUGGAGUUGCAAAAGUUGCAGACAAAGGAUAUGAAUGGAGCUGUGUCGCUGGGACUCAUGGCUAUAUGGCUCCUGAGCUUGCUUACUCCUUCAAGGCGACGGAGAAGAGUGACGUGUACAGCUUCGGUGUGGUUCUUCUAGAGCUAGUUACCGGUCUUCGGCCUAUGGAAGACGAGUUUGGAGAGGGGAAAGACAUCGUUAACUAUGUCUACUCUCAGAUUCAACAAGAUCGGAGGAACCUUCGAAACGUUUUGGACAAGCAAGUAUUGUCUUCUUAUGUAGAAGAAAGCAUGAUUAGGGUUCUGAAGACAGGUCUUCUCUGCACUACGAAGCUCCCGAAUCUCAGACCGAGCAUGAGAGAGGUCGUGAGAAAGCUUGACGACGCUGAUCCAUGUGUCUCCAAUUCUCUAGACAGAACCGGAAAGAUAACAGUAUAGAUUGAUGAUUCAACUACCAUGUUUAGUUUGGGUUAAGAGUAGUCAUUGGUCACAGAAGUAUCGGUUUGUUCGAAACUCGAGUAAAGUACAAGAGAUUAGUUUUUGCUUAUUUACUAAUCCGUUGUACUAAAAAGUUUGCAAUGAAAGGUCGGAGUUAUC